AUGACACCUGAUGACAAUGUUGGCUCUACUACGGUUUCAAGUUGGAUUCUGAGUGAUGGAGAGGGGUGGGAUGUGCAAGACCUUAGUGAAUACUUGACUGGCGCGGAAGUUAAUGCCAUCAAACAAAUCCCCCUUGCAGUAAGUAACCACGCUGACUUAUGGAGAUGGAAACAUACGAAGAACGAAGAAUUUAGUUUGCGGAGUGCUUACCAUGCGGAGACCCAACGGAGGUCUGGUAGUGUGGAAACAUCCAUGGGGGAGCCACAAAGUCAACUAUGCAAGAAGGUUUGGAAAGCAGUUGUACCUGAUAAAGUUAAAAAUCUAGUCUGGCGUGCAAUCAAUAAUGGUUUGUCUACCAUGAGCAAGCUAGCCCGAAGAGGGGUACCUAUCCAACCUGUAUGCCCCCGGUGCGGCGAAGGGGAGGAAAGUGUGAUGCAUAUAUUUUUGUCAUGCAAUGAGAGAAGCCUGAUUUGGCGAUUAUCGCCUACUCGAUUGCAAGGUGGUGAAGGUGACAACAAUGAGUUCGCUGACUGGUGCUAG